UUUCCUUUCUGCAGUAGGACGAGUAGAAAUACAACAAUACAGCGACUAUAUGUUUCAUCAACGAGCAAGUAUAAUCAGACAGCCGAUGUAGUUGUCCUUUGAUUUUUUGUGACCACCACACGCACUACCAAAUUGCUCUCACUCUCCUCGUACAACACCGAAAGAAGCACCUGACCUCCGGGACAAAAAUGUCAUUCUUUAUUUCCCGCUCUACGCCGCCUGUCUCCAUGCGGCGCGCCUCGACCCCGAGGCUGACCAUCCUGAACAUCCGCGACAUAGAUGCCGCCUGGUGGCAACUGCGGAACUUCAUCACCGAGAAAACCGGGAUUUACCCCCAAAACGUCAACAUUAUUUGGGGCAUGAUGAAGAGCUGGGCGACGGUGGAAUUUGACACGGUGGAGGAAGCGCAGCAGUGCAUUGACAAGUGCGACGAACAGGAAUUCCGCGGGGCAAUUAUCACGGUCAGGCAGGACCGCGAGGACCGGUCGCUGGAGAUUUUCUGCACGGACUGCCGACAAAAAAGGAAGUGCGCAAAAACCGGGUUCUGGUACCGGCAGAAUCAGUGGUAUUGCAGCGGCUGCACGGUUUUUGAGGAAUUGCGGCUAUUCCCCAUCUUCGACACCAACACGCAUUUAGAAUACAUCAUGGACAAGCAGUUCUACUAUCCGGACGAGGAAAUCGCGGAGGCUGUUGCAGCUCUCCCCCUAAAAACCACGCCGAGCUUCUCCGUUAUUACCUGCUGUACGAAGCUGGACCAGAUCGACAACUGCCUGCGGUUGGUAAAGAACGGCCAAGGGCACGUGCUGGCCAGCUUCGGAACGCAUCCGAAGAACGCACUGUACGACUGGGACGAGAACAUGGCGGCCAUGAUGAUGGACGCGGUGGAAAAGUGCAGACGGGAGAAUGGAGAAAAGUCUGUCGUUGCCUGGGGCGAGACCGGGUUGGAUUUCGCGGGAUACGAGCAGCUACCAGACCAAGAGUACGUGAGGAGCACGAUUGAGAAGCAGAAGUUGGUUUUUCAGGAAAACAUCGCGAUCGCGAAGAAACUACAAGUUCCGCUGAAGCUCCACAGCCGCGAUUGCGAAAGAGAUUUUCUGGAAUUCAUCGAGAGGAACUUAGACCCUGACUACCCGUUUCACUGGCACGCGGUGAUUGCUUCGAUCCCUGCGAUUCUCCGCUGUUUGGCCCGGUUUUCGAAUUGCUACUUCGGCAUUUGCGGCGCGGUCUGCUUUCCCUACGCGGACGACUGGGACUUGCCGAAUCAGUUGGAGGAGGGGCGGCAAGAUAAUGUUGAUAUGACCGGUGGAACCACUAGCACGACUACUUCUAAUAUAAAGCUGAACCUGUACGACAUGGUAAAAGCGAUCCCCCUCGACCGGAUUCUGUUGGAGACCGACGCGCCGAAUUUCGCCACGAAAACCGGCUCGCCCGCGGACGUGCUGGAGAUCGCAAAUUACAUCAGCUGGCUGAAAGAGGUCAAAGUGGAGGAAGUGAUCCGGGUCACGAGCGAGAACGCCUUCAAACUUUACGGCGUUCGAGCGAAGGAGAGAGACGCUGGCAAUAUGAAAAGUUCACGCUAUAUUAAAAACGACGUGCGCAUGGAUGGAAAUGAGCAAGCGCAACUUUUUCCGUCCCGCUACACGCUAGAUAAAUGGAAAGAGGAGAAGAAAAAAGAAGCAGCGAUGGCGGGGAGUGGAGGGAGGGGAGCAAACUGCAUAAUUGGCAUUUCUAGUCCGUGUUCCACUUCCACCACAUCGGCCACGACCACUGAUAGCACGAGACAGCCACAGAUUACGCAGGUGAAGAGCCUGAGGAGUGGGGGCGAUGUGACAAAAAUCGGGAGCGACAGCAUUUUCAACCCCUUUGGCAUGAAGAAGGUUCUACGAGUGAAGAAGAAAGGCACUACAGGUGGAACGAGCGCCGGAGGUGCCUUGACGUCUUCCGGAGCGUCCGCUGGGCCAAACUCGUCCGGCACGACGAGAAAGACCGCGACUUUGCCCAAAAAUUCCUCUGCGAAUGGCGGCUGAAGGGUUGCAGAGUCAGCAGCUACGAUUAUAUACUGAAUACGGCCUAUUUGAUAAAGCGGAAGGAUUCACCAAAGUUGUGAUCCCAUACAGAGAUCAUAUUUUGAUUGUACCUGAUCCCACAUUCACCACAAACAAGAUUCGUUCAAGAGGCUUGAUGUUGAUGAGCAACAUCCUGAAUGCAUUUCUUCGACAACAAGAUGACCAAAUUGGAGUGAUAUUACAACUUCAUACUUCGGUCUCUUUAUUCGAAAACGAUGGAAC